AGUGAAAUAAGAAAAUUUCCCAAAACGAAAUAGGGUAUCUCUAUUAUUCUUGACAAAAUUCUGGAAACGAAUUUCCGUUCCUCCGGCGCCGGCGCAACGACAAGUGUUAGGUUUCUGAAUAGAAGCGAUGGAUACAGAGAAAUUAGGGCAAUUGAAGAUCCAAAUGCAGCAGUUUUUGAACGAAGCCCAGCAAUUUGUUCAGACAAUCCCUACUCGGGACCUCCUGGCCGCCAUCUCACUAGUCCUGCUCACCUUCCUUAUGUUGUUAGUCGUUCGUCUUGUCAAGCGUAGAAAACUUAACACCAUUUUACUAACUGGGCUUAGUGGAAGUGGCAAAACUGUUCUCUUUUAUCAGCUUCGAGAUGGCUCCUCCCACAAAGGUACUGUCACAUCAAUGGAACCUAAUGAUGACACCUUCAUACUACACUCCGAGACGAGUAAGAAACGAAAAAUAAAGCCUGUCCACAUUGUUGAUGUUCCUGGGCAUUCACGACUUCGGCCUAAAGUGGAUGAGUUCUUGUUUCGAGCUGCUGGCAUAGUUUUUGUGGUUGAUGCUGUGGAGUUUCUACCAAAUGUUCGAGCUGCUUCUGAGUACCUAUUUGAUAUUUUGACCAAGGCUACUGUUGUGAAGAAGAAGAUUCCGGUAUUACUCCUCUGCAACAAGGUGGAGAAAGUUACUGCACACUCGAAGGAUUUCAUCCGAAAACAGCUGGAGAAGGAAAUUGAGAAGCUCCGUGCUUCGAGGACAACGCUAUCUUCAGCAGAUAUUAAUGACGAAUAUACCCUAGGGGUACCUGGAGAGGCCUUUUCAUUUUCCCAGUGCCUUAACAAAGUUACAGUGGCAGAAGCAUCUGGUUUGACUGGCGACAUCACUCAGCUAAAGCAGUUUAUAAGAGAACAUGUGAAGGCUUAGCAAAAUGUGUAAGAAUGGCCGGUGAAACUAACUACUCAUCUAGACCUUACGGAUCAUUUGAAGGCAGUUAAUUCGAAUUGGAAAUCUGAGAGGCAAUACUUUGCUGUAGUUUAAAAUCUUGAAAUUGGGAUUACUAUUAGCAAACUGUUUGUGGAUUCCGUCGAUGGUGUUGAUUUUUUUUUUUCCGCCUUGACUAUUGAUUUUUGAGUUGGGAUUUUCGAAC